CUAUUUCUUUAUCCUUCAACAGAUAAAUUGUUGAAAAAAUCUUUUCAUAUCGACCACUGAUUUCCAUGGCAAGCACCUAAAAGUCAUUCUUUCCACGAUUAAUCAGGUAACACAUUUUCUUGACUAUAGUUUAUUGUCUAUACAUAAUAUAUUACUACAGUGACUAUACUGUUUGACUGCGCUCAGUAAACCCCAAACAUUUUACCUGCCUACCUACUUAAUGGGUAACUAAAUCAUUUAGGAUGAUCAAAAUUUUCUCAUUUUGUUAGCAAACGUAAUGUACUGGAAAGAAUUGCGUUUUAUUGCUAGUAAAUCCAUAAUUAUUAUAUUCGGUUUUUGUUUGAAAAUGCCACAUACACUAACGACUAUGACAUGUGCUACAUCCAUCUCUAUCAUUCUGUAUCCUGCAACUCUUUUGUAAUCUUUCAGACGUUCAACAAUGGCGUGCAGAAUGGACAACGAGCAAGGUCAUGAUGUGAAUCGUUUCGAAGGCGAAGUGAGAGAAGAUCUGCUCUGUUCUGAAGUUAUGGACGACGACGAGCAAGGUUAUGAUGUCAAUCGUUUCGUAGGCGAAGUGAGAGAAGAUCUGCUCUGUUCUGUUUGCCAAGAUGUGCCAAAGGACCCAAGAGUUUGCCAGAAUGAAGACCAUAUAUUUUGUUUGGCUCAUAUAUCGCGACAUCUCCAUCAAAAUUCUCACACAUGCCCAGUUUGCAGAGACCCCCUGACUCCAGAAACCCUGAAACGUCCUACAAGAUUUUUGAAGAAUUAUUUAGAAGAUCUGAAAAUCAAGUGCGACCACCAUGAUCGUGGCUGUCCUGACGUUGUCCGGCUUGAAGAUCUUCAAAGACAUGUCGACCAAUGUGGAUUCGCGCCCGUCAUGUGUGGAAAUGAAGGAUGUGGGACCGAGGUCAAUAGACGGGAUCAAGAAAACCAUGAGAGAAAUCUUUGCCAAUUUAGAAUCGCCAAAUGUCACGACUGCAAAGAUAUUAAAGCAAGUCAGAAUGGAAUGAAAGCAAGUCAAGAUGAAAUGAAAGCAAGUCAAGAUGAAAUGAAAGUUCAGAACACACGAAUGGAGGAUGAAAUUAAGGUAAGACCUAAUUUUCUUCGUCUCUUUCAUUAAGUUUGUAUGGCAAUCAUUAUAAUUGUUUUGUAGUAAAACACAGGGUUCGUACAAGUCAAGAAGAGUAAAAUUCAAGGUCUUUUCAAGGACUUUCAAAGCCAUGUAUUCGCAAAUUCGAGGACAAAAGGAAUGAAGUUAGAAAUCACUAAAAGUAACGUUAACUUGGUGUUCAAAUGACAACUUUAAUGAAUUGCAAACAGUUUUGUUGGACAUAAACAAAAUCAAUUCAGCAACAUCUUCGUUUUUAAUGUGAAACAAUUUUAGAAAAUAUCCAGAAACUAAAGCAUGAAGAAUUUAACGACUUUCAAGCACUUUUUUAUAAAUUCAAGGACUUUCAAGUUUUGUGCGAAUCCUGGUAGAUAUCGUCUCGAAGACAGUUCCGGAUUGAGUGAAAAAACCUGAAAAUUAUAAACAGAUUUUUGAUGCAGUUGUAUCACUCUCAAUGAACAGCUUUCUUUGUAGAUAUCCACGUACUUUUACAAAGAAAUUUUGCGAGAUUUCUAAUUAUAUAGUCAAUAUAUAUUAACCAUAGUUUGUCAGAAUGAAUGCUGUAUGAUCUCUGAGAAACAUUUUAACAUUAAUACUUUAAUUCAGGAAUUCCAAAGUGAAGUGAAAAUUGAGAUGGAAGAAAUAGAAAGGAAACAAGAUGAAAUGAAGGUAAGUGUUUAGUCAUUCUUUGCAAUCAAUUCAUUGGCAAUCAAUAUCAUUGACACCCUUGAGUUCAAUGAAAAGCUAGCCCCAUAUAGGUUUAGAGAGCUGAAGGAUAUAUACUUUAAUUUAGGAAAAUGUUGGGGAGAUCAAGAAAUCUCAAGAUGUUAUAAAUGUUAAAGUAAAUCAAAUGAAGGUAAGACAACAUUAUUUAGAGAUUCUUUUGGGCUUAUAUAUGGAGGAAUCACUCACUGCGUGAACUAUCUUUUAUCAAAAGGUAUGCAUACCUUUUGUGUCAUCUCCGAGAUAUCUGAUAAUUAAGACAACAUUGUGUAGAUACAAUUUUAGGCUUAUAUGGAACAAACAAUAUAGUCUGUUACAUUUAUCUACUUAGCAAAGCUACGAGUGGACCACGUAUGACCACAAGUCACAAAGAGACGUUUCGUGUAAAUCAAUAUGAAUUACGAAAAUGAUGAAUCUUCAGUUAUAAUCCAAAUCUCAGUAAACAUGCAUGGCUUUCCAUUUCAUGCCAAGAAUUAUAUUCUUUAUAGCACUUUUUCGCCUUUCACGACAAUUCUGCUAUUCUGAACCGGGUUUGUUCAUUCACUCGUGCAGGUCAUUCGCUCGUACAGGUGAUUCGCUCGUGCAGGUGAUUCGCUCGUGCAGGUCAUUCGCUCUCGUGCAAAUCAUUCACUCGUGCAGGUCAUUCACUCUCGUGCAGGUCAUUCACUCUCGUGCAGGUCAUUCACUCUCGUGCAGGUCAUUCACUCUCGUGCAGGUCAUUCACUCUCGUGCAGGUCAUUCACUCGUGCAGAUCAUUCACUCUCGUGCAGGUCAUUCACUCUCGUGCAGGUCAUUCACUCGUGCAGAUCAUUCACUCUCGUACAAGUCAUUCACUCGUGCAGGUCAUUCACUCUCGUGCAGGUCAUUCACUCUCGUGCAGGUCAUUCACUCUCGUGCAAGUCAUUCACUCUCGUGCAGAUCAUUCACUCUCGUGCAGGUCAUUCACUCGUGCAGAUCAUUCACUCGUGCAGAUCAUUCACUCUCGUGCAGGUCAUUCACUCUCGUGCAGAUCAUUCACUCUCGUGCAGAUCAUUCACUCUCGUGCAGGUCAUUCACUCUCGUGCAGGUCAUUCACUCUCGUGCAGGUCAUUCACUCGUGCAGGUCAUUCACUCGUGCAGGUCAUUCACUCUCGUGCAGGUCAUUCACUCUCGUGCAGGUCAUUCACUCUCGUGCAGGUCAUUCACUCGUGCAGGUCAUUCACUCUCGUGCAGAUCAUUCACUCUCGUGCAGAUCAUUCACUCUCGUGCAGGUCAUUCACUCUCGUGCAGGUCAUUCACUCUCGUGCAGGUCAUUCACUCGUGCAGAUCAUUCACUCUCGUGCAGAUCAUUCACUCGUGCAGGUCAUUCACUCUCGUGCUGGUCAUUCACUCUCGUGCAGGUCAUUCACUCGUGCAGGUCAUUCACUCGUGCAGGUCAUUCACUCUCGUGCAGGUCAUUCACUCGUGCAGGUCAUUCACUCGUGCAGGUCAUUCACUCUCGUGCAGGUCAUUCACUCUCGUGCAGAUCAUUCACUCGUGCAGAUCAUUCACUCGUGCAGAUCAUUCACUCUCGUGCAGGUCAUUCACUCUCGUACAGGUCAUUCACUCGUGCAGGUCAUUCACUCUCGCGUGCAGAUCAUUCACUCUCGUGCGAUCAUUCCUCUCGUGCGGAACAUUCACUCGUGCAGGUCAUUCACUCUCGUGCAGGUCAUUCACUCGUGCAGAUCAUUCACUCUCGUGCAGAUCAUUCACUCGUGCAGGUCAUUCACUCUCGUGCUGGUCAUUCACUCUCGUGCAGGUCAUUCACUCGUGCAGGUCAUUCACUCGUGCAGGUCAUUCACUCUCGUGCAGGUCAUUCACUCGUGCAGGUCAUUCACUCGUGCAGGUCAUUCACUCUCGUGCAGGUCAUUCACUCUCGUGCAGAUCAUUCACUCGUGCAGAUCAUUCACUCGUGCAGAUCAUUCACUCUCGUGCAGGUCAUUCACUCUCGUGCAGGUCAUUCACUCUCGUGCAGGUCAUUCACUCUCGUGCAGAUCAUUCACUCUCGUGCAGAUCAUUCACUCUCCUGCAGGUCAUUCACUCUCCUGCAGAUCAUUCACUCUCGUGCAGGUCAUUCACUCGUGCAGGUCAUUCGCUCGUGUAGAUCAUUCACUCUCGUGUAGAUCAUUCGUGUAGAUCAUUCACUCUCGUGCAGGUCAUUCGCUCGUGUAGAUCAUUCACUCUCGUGCAGGUCAUUCACUCGUGCGGUCGUGGUCACCCAUGAUCAUGUCAGAUAUCUUAACACUUCUACUUCAAUUUAGGAAAAUGUUGACGAAAUGAAGCAAUCUCAAAAUGUUAUAAAUGAUAAAGUAAAUGAAAUGAAGGUAAGACAAAAUUAUGUCGAGUUUCUUUAGGCUAAUGUAGCUACAUUUAUCUACUUGCCAAACCUUUCAUUCCCCAGCCUGUCUUCCAAGCCACUACAUGCACACAACGGUUGAGUCGACUGGAACACAAGCUAUCAUUCCCUAGCUAAGUCGACAUCUUCAUCAAUGCACAUUUUAUUGAUAAAAAAUUUCCUUCAUAUCCAGCAUUCUGAACAAUUAUGAGUUAUGUAUUUUGAGAUAUAUCUGACCAUUAACACCGCAACCUAGAUAUGCAAGUUUUCAAUUUUACUAUUCAGGACAAUGUUAACGAGAUGAAGCAAACUCAAGUGGAAAUAAAAGCAGAUCAAAUGGCGUUUCAAGCAGAGGUAAGGAACCAAUUUGAAAAAAUGACAGAAAUGUUCGGUAAGCUGUUGCAAGGAAGAAAUGCAAACAACAAUGGUGCUCAAGCUUUAGAUCCACCAGUUCCAGUCAACAACCAAGACAUCAUUGUUCUUGGCGGUUAUUAUGCCCCAGGAAAAGGAAGUGUAUGGCCAUCGAAUACAGUUGAGAAAUUCAACAUAGCAGAAGGGAAGUGGACUCUUCUGCCAAAACUGAAUCACCCUCGAGCAGAAUCAGCAUCAUGUGUUUGCAACGGUGACGUCAUCAUCACUGGCGGCUUCGAUGGUCAAGGUCGUACAGACAGCAUUGAGAUUUUAAAGAUGAACCAGGACCCUUUGCGAUGGAUGAUGUUUGAUGGUAAAUUGCCGGUCAAAUUAUUUAGUCAUGACGUUAUAGUUUAUCAAGGUAAACUUUACGUCGUGGGGGGAUAUAGCGCGAGUGAAAAGAAAACAACCGAUAACAUUUACGAACUGUCUAUUAUCCCCCCUUAUACUGCCAAUCUGUUGGCUAAAAUGCCUCAGCCAACAAGAUACCACAAAGCAGAAAUUGUAAAUGGCAAAUUAUUUAUCUUGGGAGGAACGACAACAAACCUUAGUGAAAACGCCUUUGAUAACGUUGUCGUGUAUGAUUUCACCAGGAAUGAGGUCAAACCAUAUCCAUCGUUACCCAAGCCGCUCUGUGAUAUGUCCUCGGUUACUUGGGGUAACAUGAUUAUACUUAUUGGCGGUAAGGAUAAGAAUGACCAGGAUUUAAAUGAAGUCACCAUGUACGACACUGAAUCAGGACACAGUCAAAGGUUGCCUCCACUGAUACACAAGAGGAGUGGUCCCUCAGCAGUAAUUAUGCAUGACGUCAUUGUUGUAUUGGGAGGAUGGAACAAGGAGGAGGGAUUUCUCAACUCAGUAGAAAGUUUCACAAUGGGAGAUGUUCAUUGGAGAGAACUGCCAGGGAUGAUGGAAAAAAGAUACUUUGCAACUGCUGUAGUAAAACCUCGCAACUGAAAAGUACUCCAUAUAAACGUCUUAUUCGCCUUUGCAUGAAUAUAAUAAAUGAUCCAAUAAACGCCCCUCUCUAAUGAACGUCUUCUAUCAAACAGACACCCCGGUCAACCCAGAAUUUGUAAAAAAAGGGGCCUGUCUUUUUGAAAAAGCUUCGUAUGUGAUAAACGCCCCUCUCCCUACUAGAAAGUUUCCAAGAUUCAAACCAUUUAAUUAAACAAUUAUUAGAUCGAACGUUUAUUAAAUUAUUAAUGUUGGGCAUAUAGGUGUAAUGGAAUGUCAGAGCUAUGAAAGUUGAAGAUUUUGACUUUUGUUCACUCUGCAAACUCUUGGAAAGUGUUAUUUAAGAAACCUAGAUAUGCCGUAUGUAAGAAUAAACGCCCCUCUCUAAUAGACGCCUUUAUCUAAUAAACGCCCCUACAAGGUACGAAAAUUUAAUUAACGCCCAGGGCGUUUAUUGGAUCAUUUACGGUACUUUGUGCCAUGAGAGUUGAUCAUCAGAUUUAUAAUUUCAUGUCGUGUAGAUACUAAAUAUGCACACAAAAGAAAAUAAUAACAUUGACUGAAACCUGAUCAUAAAACACCGGCCCUGAGUUCUAACCCUUCAAUGAUGGUUACGAUUCAGGGUUGUUUAAUGCUCAUGCUUCAGUCAAUGUUAUUUAUUUCCCUUUCAUUUGCAUAUUUAGUAUCUACACGACAUGAAAUUAUAACCAUCAUCAUCAUAAUCAUCAUAAUCAUAAUCAUCAUAAUCAUCAUAAUCAUCAUCAUCAUCAUAAUUAUAAUUAAUAAUAAUUAAUAAUAAUAAUAAUCAUAAUUAUAAUCAUAAUCAUCAUAAUCAUCAUCAUCAUCAUUAUAACCUGCACUUGGGUUAACUCGCUGAUCUCAUACCUACACUGGAUAGUGCAUCUGCUAUGCAGAAAUGAAGGCAAUGUCGGCCAUAUUGAUGUGAGCAGCACAAAUCUACUGUGGUGUUGAUGACAUAGUGUAAGAGGUUCUUACAGUUUCUAGUUAUCGCUGAGAAAGGAUAAACAUUGUCUGAAUAGAAAUUUAUCAACAGUCGUCUCUCUUUCCCCUUAAAUUUGCUCGUGAAUAACUGAUGUCACACCAAGAUGGCUGCCACAAGUCUCAUUAUCUAGUGUUUAAAACGUUCUAAAACUCAUUAGAAGAUUUAUGGCAAGCUAUACUUUUUAAGUUACAUAGGAAAAAGACAUUUGCUUCAUAAUCCAGGUGAUCUCGUGUUCGUAUUUUAGCCAAUCAGCGCUCAGAAAGGGUUGUCCGAAUAGAAAUCCAUUUUGAUGUAUUCAGUCAAUUAUAUCUUUCAUUAUUCUUUAUGAAACUAGUUGAAAUUUUGUAAUUAUGUUUGGUUAUGAGAACUAUAGCUCUGACCAAAAUUUGGAAUCGAAAUAAAGUAUAUUACAGGAGAUAUUCAGUUGUUUUAAUCAUAAAAUGGAUUUCUAUUUGACAACUAGUGCCAGUACUUUUCCGCGUAUCAAGAUCACCUGGAAUGUAUAGCUAAUUUAAACACGUCGCGAUUCGAUUUGCAGAGAUUUUGGCAGACUUUAAGAUCUCAUCUGAUUAUAAAUAUUCUGACUUCAAAAUUGGUUUAUUGAAUACAAAAGGAACUCUAUCCAGUGUUUUGAGAUCAGUGGGUUAACUUUACUGUGAAGCGUAUUGUGUUUCCACUUUAUAUAUAACUUGUAUAAUUUCUAUGCAAAUAUUGUAUGUAUAAUUACUUUUCCUAGAAUUAAACAAAGAUUUGCAUCAAUUUAAUCAUGUAAAAGUUUUAGAUAUAACCUAUAUAAUCUCUGUGUAAAUAUUGAACAUGUAGUUUCGUUGAAAAAAACCUUAGCAUGCUAAUAUACCUUUUGUUCAACAAAAACAUUUUAAUAUGAACAUUGACAUUAGAAAUAAGUGGAAUGAAUAAGUUUGAAAUAAGCAUAUGUACUCUAUAUAAAUGUAAAGUCAUAAUGAAAAUUAUUUGUUUUGUGAAUUUUGAUGGCGAUCAAUAUGAUCAUUUUGUAUUUGUGGUGUCACACCCCCUGAAUAUCAGAGCAUAUUA